AUGUCACAAUUUGGCCCGAAGAAUCCAGCUGCUUGGGCUCGACCACCUGGAGCAAAUCAACAACUCAAUGCUGGUCUAUUCCAGAACCCACUAAUUGGUGCACAACCGUUUGCACAAAUGGGUAUGAUCAAUGCUGCUGCUUUUUCUCAGCAAGCAGUAGGUAACAUGGGUAUGAAUUUGGGUAUGCUGCAGACGCCAUCACAAACAAUUCGAAUGCAAGCCCAGCAACAGCAAAAAAACCGUACAUUUUCGGGUGUGGUUACAAAAAUGCAUGACAAUUAUGGAUUUAUCGAUGACGAUGUUUUUUUCCAAAUAAGUAAUGUUCGUGGUGCUUUACCACGAACAGGUGAUCGAGUUAUGGUCGAAGCAUCGUAUAAUCCGACAAUGCCGUUCAAGUGGAAUGCGUAUCGGGUCCAGUUAAUUGGCGAUAAAGGUGGUCCAGGUAGUGGUGGACCACCGGCUCAUACACCUCCAGAUCGCAAUCGACAACCGAUGGCCGGCCGUGGAAUGAUAUCCGGUGAACAAAGUUGGGCUGGGAAAACUCUUGAGAAACCACAAACCGUUGCACAUAUAAAUGAUUCCCGUUCACGUGAUUUCCAUGCAUCGCCACGUUCUCGUUCGCCGGUUGGAGCAAGUCGACAUCGUUCUCCUCGAGUUGGACCAUGUGGCCCACCGGCACUUGUACAGGAUAUGAGGCGUCUGAGCCCGCCGAGACGUAUUUCACCACCUCGAGGUCUUGCACGACGAUCACCUCGAAGAAGUCCACCUCGUGACUACACAAAAGGCCCAAUGGGUCGUAUAUCCCCAAAACAUUCAACACCAGCACGAAAACAUGAAGGGAAACGGGAGCAUUCAGCUAGUGUUUCGGGACGUAAUCGAUCUCCCUCACAGAAGCAUGAUCCCAGUACUCAUGAUAGUUUGUCACCUCCUCGUCGACGUGCGCGGAUCAUACCGCGAUAUCAGUGUUACAUUCCAAAACCACCAAUUUUAAAUGGGACGAGGCAAACCGUGAUGCAGCUGCGUAAACGUUAUCCCUCACUGUAUAUUCCAUCAGAUUUUUCUGAUGUUAGUAUUGAAUGGCCGAAAACGACACCUAUCGAAAAUCCGAUAUCGAUUUCCACGGCACCCACCACUUACCAUAUUUUGCAUAAAGAUAUCGAUUGCCCAAAUGAAAAUUUGCAAGCACUAAAUCCUCCGGAUGCGGAUUACCGGUUUUCUGUUAAGGUUGUUUUAAUGAGUCAUCAGGGUCUAUCAGUGGUGCACCAGAAAGCGUUUGGUUUGCUAGUUGACGGUUCAAUUGAUGAGAAUAUUGAUUCGGCUUCUCUGAAACGUUGCAUCAAUUUUGUUGUUGGUACACGUAACAAAGAAAUGAUGGCAAUUGGUGGUGCUUGGUCACCGUCACUUGACGGCGAUAAUCCUGAAUCAGAUCCUCAAGUUUUUGUCCGUACUGCAAUUCGGACUGUUCGAGCUUUAAUUGGAAUGGAUCUUUCCAAAUGUCCUAGAUGGUACAAAAUGGCGGAGAUUCGUUACUAUCGUGCUGAGAAAGAUCGAAUGGAUACAUGCUGCUUGUUUCUGCCGGACACCAGUGGUUUGAUGCCCACCGAAGACUGCUAUCAACAGUUGCUGGCUACGCUAAAGGAUCAGCUUGGGAACAAACUUGCUGCUGUAGAUGCUCAAAAAGUCGUUCUACCAUCCACUGUAGCUGCCACUGCUACAGGUCCUGGAGAUGCUGGGGAGGGAACUGCAACCACAACCGAGCCGGCAGCUCCAGCUGGUGAUACUCAACAGCAAUUGCAGCAGGAACAACAGCAAAUUGAUGCCAACAAGGAGCAGGUGCAAGAAGUGGAAGAGGAAGAUGAUGAAGAUUUAAAUCCAACCCAUUGGUCCAAAUUGGAUAUCAAAACAAUGAAGGUUGCUGAAUUACGACAGGAGUUGAUGGCUCGCGAUUUAGAGACAAAAGGGGUGAAAUCAGUUUUAUGCUCUCGACUUCAAGAAGCACUUGACCAAGAAAAAGCAAGUGACGAAGACAAAGGGGAUAAGGUUGAAACAGUUAAACCGAAAGAAGAAAUAGAAGAGAAAGAACUGACAGAUGAUGACAAAAAAGCUAUCGAAAAAUUUGAAAAAGAAAAAAAGGAAAAAAAAGCUUCGCUAGAACGUCAUUUCACUAUUCCAAAAGAACUGGGAAUACUGGUUUAUCCGAAUCGUAUGGUCAAAGGGGGAAAAUUUGACUGCAAAAUAGUUUCCCUUCAUACAAUGUUGGAUUAUCGCAUUGAAGAUAAUAAAGAACAUUCUUUUGAGCUGGCAAUUAUGGCAGAAUGUAUCAAUGAAAUGUUGGAUCGUUCACAGGCGUUCGUUGCUUACAAAACAUUGAGCUGUGCUAUGGAUAAAGAUUCAGAGAAGAAACGUCGUGAAGAGGCAAAGCUUGCUGAAAUUGUAGGGACGGAAGAAGGAACAGAAAGUGGUAAAGCUGACAAAACUGAAAAAUCCGAGGAAGAGAAGAAGAGAGAAGAUGAAAAGAAAGAGGAAGAACAAAAGAAAUUUCUUGCUGAGGCACGAAAGCCAAUUAUUAUAGAUCGAACAGUCUUUCAAGCUUUCGCUCACUUCGAUCAAAAUCUUUGCGGGUAUAUUUUGGAGAAAGAUUUCGAGGAAAUACUAUAUUCUAUAGGUCUGAACAUUUCUCGAGCACAGGUGCAAAAGCUAUUAAAGAGGUAUUUGUCGCGUGAUCGGAUAAAUUAUCGCUACCUUACCGAUAGCUGGGCAAAUAAAGAUGGUACGGUAACAUACAGACCCGGUAUGAUAUCAGAUCCACCUACAAGUGAACAACUGGCAAAGGGAAAUAUAUCAAAGGAGUCAACAGAUGCUGACAAAACGACCACGGGUGAAGCACCGGACAUCAGUACAACAGGAUCUGUAAUAUAUUUGGGUUCUCUAAUGAAUAUACCACAAGUUCUACGGCAGGUUUCAAAGAUGGAAGCUGACUGUAAUGCUGCUUUACAAAAGGUCGAUGUAUUAGAAGCACAACUAAAAGAUGGUGCAAAGCACGUUCAUGUGUUAGAGAAAAAGAAGAAAAGACUGGAAGAAGAUGUUGAAAAAUAUCGAAAGCGAUUGCAUGAUGCAGAAAAAUGUUUGAAGAAUUCUGUGGAUGAUACUGUGCAAAUGAAAAGUGCGAUCCAAGAAUUUCGCCGAAUCGGUGAGCGAAUGAUCGGCAUGGCUGAGAAGCUGAUGCCAAAUCCGAAGGAAGAUGAGAAGAUCUCUGAAAAGGAUGAGAAAGAUAUGAAGAAAGAAAAAAGAGAUGAUAAGGAUGAGAAAAAAAUGCCAAAAAAGAAGGACUCAGCUCCUACGAAAGUAAACGGUGAGGCCGAAGAAAAAAAGGAAUUACAGUUGGUUGAUGAAGUUGGUGGUAAUGAUGCUGGAGACGAGCCUAUGGAAUCAGAUGUUAUUGUGCUGUCAGAAGAAGUAACAGGUGAUGAAGAAAAGGAUGUUAAAAAAGAAAUCUUGUCACCGCAGAAGACAGAUUCUACAACUGGAAUUAUAGAAACUGAUAAUACUACUUCGCUUGCAUAG